GAAAUGGAAAAUAAGAAUUUGUUGUUGAGUAUUACGCAUUAUAUUGAAAACUUUAUUAUACAAUUUGGAUAUAUUUCAAGGAAUUAAAUUUACUAUCCUGUAAAAAAUCUCACUGCAAAUAUGUGCGCAUAUAGAAGAGGAAAUCGGGGCCGUGGGAAUAGUUAUGAUUCAGGCGGAUCUUCUCGUUUUUCCGAGCACGAUGAUAGAUCUCGUGUUGAAACUCAUCACCAAUCAGAUCGUUCCACUUCAAGGGGGGGUUACCGUGGUAACAGACGAGGCUCCAGGGGUCAGGGUAAUUACAGGGGUAAUAGGGGGAGACGGCACGGUAAUCGACCACCGCGUUCGCAUUACAGUUCAGGUCGAGGCUCGAAGUUUCGCAGCGAUAGAGCUCCCUCUGGUGGCCAGGGUGACAAUGGUAACUUUGAACAAGACGACGACGGAGACGUCAACAUGGAAGGAACCGAAACCAGAAGAUUCAAACCAUAUGCUCGUCCAAGUAAAAAUUACGACCGUAAACCACGCCAUAAUAACAACAACAACCAACAAAGUAGAAGAGAACCAACCAAAAACUGGUACCAAAUAACCAUUCUUAAAGGAAGUACCCUAGAUGAAGAAUGGUUAAAACAAGAAAUUCAAACUUUGGCGAUGGUUCAAUUUCACCCAGUUCAGUAUCACUUGGAUGGCAAUCAUUCGUGUUUUUUCGUCGAUGAUCACGUAACAGCGGGUACUAUCAGAGAUUGUAGCCGAAAGAUAACGUCACCAGAUGGUGAAAAGGUUGCGAUUCUAAUGAGGCCGUACAACCAGUCACCAAUCACUAACGACAAAAUAUCUAAAAUUCAGGAAGUUCUGGCUUCCAAAUACAAGUCUGACACCCAUCAUCUUGAUGCGUCCGCUCUCUUCAGUGAUGAAGUUUUACGUGGCGAGAAGAUUUUUCUUAAAGUAAACACAAGCGCUCACAUGCAUAUCAUUACGAGGAUAAUUGCUCAAAAUAUUUCAACGUUAAAGUCACUGGAUAUUUCCAACAAUCGUUUAUUCUCGUUCGAUGGAUUGAAACACCUCAUACCAUUCACCCCUUUCCUACAAGAACUGAAUCUUGCCAAGAACUCUUUAAAAUCGAUAAAAGAGCUUGAGAAGAUCUCGUCUUGGGAUCUCAUCAAGUUAACCUUAGAUGGUAACCCUCUUUGUAGUCAAUAUACUUCACAAACCGAAUACAUCAGUGAUGUAAGAGAAUGGUUUCCUAAUCUAACUUCACUGGAUGGCCACGACUUACCUGCCCCAGUAAAGUUUGAUGUUGAAAAAGUUGAACUUCCAACUUCUGUCCUUGAUUUUGUGCAAACUCCAAACGGAGCCGACACCAUUAAGAUGUUCGUUGCAGAAUAUUUUAAAUGUUACGACCAGUCACGAGCAAUGCUUGCAGCAGCUUAUCACGAAAACUGUCUCUUCACAAUAUCGAUACCACCUUCUGCCAGAGGACCUCCGUUAAGCAAAUACUUCAAACAUAGUCGGAAUUUGAAACAAAUCAAAAAUAUGAGUCAAAAGAUUUCCACAAUAUCUCAGUGUCAAGCAGAUGUGUUGGCGAAGUUACAACUCCUACCUAAAUCUGAACACGAUUUCUCGUCAUUUCAUUUGGACAUUCUUCUUGUUACUUCUGAGGUUACAAACUUUAUUGUGAGAGGAAUUUACAAAGAGGUUGAAGCGAAUGGAUUACUUCGAGCUUUUUCAAGAAGUUUUGUUUGUCAAGUUACUGGGAAUGCGUUAAAGAUAAUCAAUGAACAAUUCUUUGUUCGAAAUCCAACCCCUCAAGAAAUCAAAGAUUUAAAAGCAACGACAACCAAGAACAAGAUACCCAGCGCACCAGCUGCCACCAAUGCACCAUCUCAAGAUGAUAUGAUCGCUUCAUUUUCACGGGAGUCCGGUAUGAAUGUCGGAUACUCCAGACAGUGUUUGGAAGAGAAUGGAUGGAAUUAUGAGAAAGCUGGACAAACUUUCCUGGAGUUAAAUGGCAAAGGUGCAAUUCCUGCUGAAGCUUUUGUCAAAUAGAUAUCAACACAUUGUGCCUUAAGUCAGCAUAAAUGCACAGAAGAGUAAAUUGGUACAUGGAAGACUAAAAACAUUUGAAAAAAUACUAUAAUUUUCGAAAAUUCUACGUUAUCAUGCUUUAAAAAAUCUGCAAAAAAUUGUUUUUUUCGUUUGUUUUGUAAACUGUUGUGUUUUAACAUGGACUUUUUAACUUUUACUUAAAAGCACAGGAAAUUUUGGUGGCAACAAAAUGCCAGGCGUGUAACAGGUUCAAUUUUUCCUGUUCUUUGCUAAAAUAUUCAGUGGUUUUAGGGGGAGUUUGUUUUGGGAAACUAUCGAGACAACUUUUGCAUAAGUUUAAAUUGGAAUUUCUGGAAAAAUUUAUAUUGACAACGCCAAAAACUUGUAUUACUGCUAUAUUGAACAAGCGACAAUUUCUAUUUAAACUUUUACCAGCAAAUGCUACUUGAAACUUUUCUGUCUCUUUUGGAAUGUAUAAAAGAAGAAUUCAACCAUUUUAUUUUCAUGAAGAAUUUGAUGAUACAUUUGUAAAAGACAACUGGAUCACUUUCAAUCUGUCUUAUUGUUUUUAUUACUGAAGAAGAAGAAAAAAACUACUAUAUUUUGCACAACUAACUCAGAAAAAAAAUCGCAUUUCAAAAAAAUACAUUCUACAACAUGCUGUACAAAUGUUUUAUUUCAUCAUAAACCUUUGCAUUAGUUGUCUUACCAAAUUAGUAGGUUUAGUUGUUUUACCACUGAAUAUUUAAUGUACCCGUUCCAAAUUUCAAUCGGUUGUAAUUUUCUGUAGCGUGAUGUAAUUUGUGGAGUUUUCAUGGCUUUGAAAGGUCGAGUUUGAAUUGGCAAUUUAUUCAAGAUUUUGUGUAGAAAAUACAAAAAAAACUUUGUAAU